AAAAAACAAGAAGUUGUUAGUGGUUGACCGCCGGCUUCGGUCUAAAGUACCCUCGUGUUUGGCAGCAUAAUAAUUCUACGAAGAUAUAACGAAUUAAGUUGCACAAAUCAUUAUGUCAUAUUCUGUGCAUCGAAUUCCUACGGCCUGGAUACCAAUGCGAGAUGGAAUCAGACUGGCAGCUAAACUGUGGAUCCCUGAACUGGAGGAUAAAACAUUGGACACAUCUGUAAAAGCUGAAAAAUAUCCGGCUAUUUUAGAAAUUCUUCCAUACAGACGCGCUGACUACACGGCUCAGAGGGAUGAAUCGGUUCAUUCAUAUUUCUGCUCUCAUGGCUAUGUUUGUGCCCGUGUGGACAUGCGGGGAUCUGGGGACUCAGAAGGAUUUUAUUAUGAUGAAUAUGAAAAACAAGAGCAAGAUGAUUGCUGUGACGUCAUCAACUGGGUUUCACAACAACCUUGGUGCACGGGAAAUGUUGGUAUGUAUGGUAAAAGCUGGGGAGGAUUCAAUGGACUUCAAGUAGCUGCCAGACAACCUACAGCAUUGAAGACAAUCAUAUCUGCUGACUCUAGUGAUGACCGAUACGCUGACGAUAUCCAUUACCGAGGUGGUUGUAUUCUUGGCAGGGAAAUGUUAUCAUGGUCACAUGUCAUGUUCCUAUAUAAUGGACGCCCUCCCUAUCCUGAAAACUUUGGACCAAGAUGGAAGGAAGCUUGGCUGGAUCGCCUAAACAAAUCCAGUGAACCCUGGAUACACAUUUGGCUCUCACAUCAGUCACGUGAUGCAUACUGGCAGCAUGGUUCCAUUUCUGAGGAUUACGCCUCCAUCAAGUGUCCCGUGUUUCUUGUAGGGGGAUUUUGUGAUCUCUACACCGAUGCAAUAUUUCGUAUGGUGGAACAUCUGAAGUGCCCAGUUCGAGCGCUCAUUGGACCGUGGCCCCAUAAAUGGCCUGGUAUCGCCACACCGGGGCCUCGUAUAGACCACCUGAAAGAGUGCUUGAGGUGGUGGGACUACCAUUUAAAGGGCCUUCCAACCGGUGUCAUGGACGAGCCUGUGAUGAGGGUGUACAUGAGGGAUGGCAUUUCGAAGGCGCACCAGAAGGAGAUAUGGCCAGGGAGAUGGAUAGCAGAAGACUGCUGGCCCUCACCAAAUGUACACCAACACGAAUUUUUCCUACAAACUGAUAGGGGACUGGCAGUUGCAUCGGAUAGAGACGAAAAAAUCAUUGAAAAAGAGCCAGCAGAAUCUAUUGUACCAGUCAAGUCCUCGUAUCUCAGUGGAGCGUGGGGCGGUUUUCUUUUUGCAAAUGGUCUCGAGGAUCUGCCGGUGGAGCAGGGAAUAGAGGACGUUUUGGCGGAGUGCUGGGAGACGAAAACGCUUAAAGAGCCUGUAGCAGUAGUAGGCUUUCCCGAGGUUCAUUUACAUUUUACUUGUGACAGACCCAGUUCUUUAGUCGCCGCCAGACUUUGUGACGUGUUUCCUAAUGGCGAAUCUGCGCUAAUAACAAGAGGAGUGCUUAACUUGACUCAUCUCCGUGGUCAUUCAUCAGGAGAUAUUCAGCCUCUUCAGCCUAAUGAAAACUAUCGUGCGCAGUUGAGGCUUGACUCUACAGCUUACACUGUUGCUGCUGGUCAUAAAAUUCGCCUGGCGCUUUCCUCAGUCCACUGGCCGUUAGUGUGGCCUUCUCCGCAGUCGUCAAGUCUCUUUAUAAAAACAGGAAGUCAAAGCAAGCUACUACUUCCAAUUCGAGUAUUUUGUGAGGACGUCAGAAAAAAAGAUUCCAAGUUGCAAUUGCAAGAAAUAGAGUCACUGAUGGAAUAUAAACACGAGAUUCUCCCUGUUGAGUGGAGGAGAAAACCAAAAAGGGAAAGGACGCUGGAGACAUGUCAGUUGUCAGAUGAAUACAAGCUGUCAUUUACCACUGACUCUGGAUGUUUCCAUCUGAAAGACACGAACCGCAUCUACGAAAACGUCAGAAAAGAAAUGUUUACAAUCAAAGAAGGCGACCCAACCACUGCUAAGGUUACAAUGCAAGGCGUUAUUACGUUGAAGAAAGAGGAUCAGAUCGCUGAGCAGGGGGGGAGUGGGCAUGAAAGGUGGGAAGCUAGGGUCCAGGCCUUGAGCGAGAUGUGGUGUGAUGAACAAUUCUUUUAUGUGAAAAGUCAAUUAACAACUUGGCAUAACAGUGAAGAGUGCUUUGAUAGGACGUGGACAAAGAAAAUAGAACGCUUUUAUGUUUAAUGGUUUUUUCAGCAAUAAAGAGAAAAUUUAGAUCUAACCUGUGAGAAUUUUAUGAAGCAAAAUUAUUUUUAAACAUAUUUCGUUGACUUUAGAUUUUAGGAUGAAAGUAAUCGGUGAAACUUUUCAGCGGCUGCAAGUGAUCUUUACAGUUGUUGCUUAGGGAGAAAAUUGUUUUUUGGAGUCGUCAAAAUAUUGAUUUUAUCAUCGCUAACUUUUUUAAACAU